CCCCGCCCCCCCCCGAAAGCCGCCCCUGGGAGGCCGCGCUUACGCUUUCCGGGCGGUGCGCGACGCGCUCGCUCCGCCCUGCCAGCGCCCCCCUCCGGCCCCCCUCUCCCUCCCUCAGGAGAGCCAGCGCGCACGAACUGGGGCAUGCGGCGUCAGGGACGCGGGGGCACCUCAUCCUUCCCACCUUCCUACACUGUUGCUACUUUUCGAUGUGAGACAUUCCAGCUUCUCAUCCCCUUCCGUGAGUCCCUCCUUUCCUCUUAUUAGAGACCCCAUUCGCUCGACGGGCGGCCACCGGCGCAACAGCUUUCGCGCCCCAAACAAGAAGAGCGCGUGCGCGCACACGGGCGGCCGCGGGCGCGCGGCCGUCGGGUCCCCGCGCUCCCUCCCCCUCCCGCUGCUGUAUAACUUGACUGGCUUGGAGGAGGCGCCGCCGGAGUCGGAGGGCGGGGAGCUCGGAGGAGGGAGCUCGAGAGUUGUGGAGACUAGUGACUGGGAGAAGUCGCAGCCUGCUCCGGUCGGCUCCUUCCCGCUCCCCGUCUCUCUCUCUCUCUCUCUCUCUCUUAACACACCUACUCCACCUUCAGCCCCAGCCUGCGCCCUCGCUCCUUUUCUCGCCCGGGGGCCCCUGCCAGUCACUCUCCGGGUUUCGGCGCGGCGGGGGCGCCCCGGGGGUGCCCUCGCCCUCCGGGUGCGGGCGGACGGGCGGCGGGCGGGAUGUGGCGCCUGGUGCCCCCAAAGCUGGGCCGCCUGUCCCGCUCGCUGAAGCUGGCGGCGCUGGGCAGCCUGUUGGUGCUGAUGGUGCUGCACUCGCCGUCGCUGCUCGCCUCUUGGCAGCGCAACGAGCUGGCCGACCGGCGCUUCCUGCAGCUCAAUAAGUGCCCGGCGUGCUUCGGCACGAGCUGGUGCCGCCGCUUCCUCAACGGGCAGGUGGUGUUCGAGGCGUGGGGCCGCCUGCGCCUGCUGGACUUCCUCAACGUGAAGAACGUCUACUUCGCGCAGUACGGCGAGCCCCGUGAGGGCGGCCGCCGCCGAGUGGUCCUCAAGCGCCUCGGCUCGCAGCGCGAGCUGGCGCAGCUCGACCAGAGCAUCUGCAAGCGGGCCACCGGCCGGCCCCGCUGCGACCUGCUCCAGGCCAUGCCCCGCACCGAGUUCGCGCGCCUCAACGGCGACGUGCGGCUGCUCACGCCGGAGGCGGUGGAGGGCUGGUCCGACCUGGUGCACUGCCCCUCGCAGCGUCUGCUCGACCGCCUGGUGCGCCGCUACGCCGAGACCAAGGACUCGGGCAGCUUCCUGCUCCGCAACCUCAAGGACUCGGAGCGCAUGCAGCUGCUGCUGACCCUGGCCUUCAACCCCGAGCCUCUGGUGCUACAGAGUUUUCCAUCUGAUGAAGGUUGGCCAUUUGCAAAAUAUCUUGGAGCUUGUGGAAGAAUGGUGGCUGUAAAUUAUGUUGGAGAAGAACUGUGGAGUUACUUUAAUGCACCAUGGGAGAAACGAGUUGACCUCGCUUGGCAAUUAAUGGAAAUAGCAGAGCAGCUGACAAACAAUGACUUUGAAUUUGCACUCUACCUCCUGGACGUCAGCUUUGACAAUUUUGCAGUUGGUCCUAGAGAUGGAAAGGUGAUCAUUGUGGAUGCUGAAAAUGUUUUGGUUGCUGACAAAAGGUUAAUUAGACAAAAUAAACCUGAAAAUUGGGAUGUAUGGUAUGAAAGCAAAUUUGAUGACUGUGAUAAGGAAGCUUGCUUAUCAUUUUCAAAAGAAAUUCUUUGUGCUCGUGCCACUGUGGACCACAAUUAUUAUGCUGUUUGUCAGAACCUCUUAUCCAGACAUGCCACCUGGCGUGGCACCUCUGGAGGACUGCUUCAUGAUCCACCAAGUGAAAUUGCCAAAGAUGGCCGACUAGAGGCCUUGCUGGAUGAGUGCGCCAACCCAAAGAAGCGCUAUGGCAGAUUCCAGGCUGCAAAAGAACUGCGUGAAUAUCUAGCACAAUUAAGUAACAAUGUGAGGUAGUCUAUGGUGAACUUUUCUUUGCUUUUCUUCAUUUAAAUAGCACUGGCUAAAAUGAAACCACCAAAACUUAUCUGGAAAAAUGAAAUUUGGAGGUAAUACAUUCAGAGGAUGAUAAACUUGCACUGAUAGAUCUCAAUGUUAACAUCCAUCAAAGUAAGACAUAAUUUCAAAAAAUCACAUGAUGCUUCUGCAAAUAAGUUUGUUCUUACACUUUGGAGGCUUGAGCUAUAUCGUUAACUGCUUUACCCCCUGAAUGCCUGACUGGAUUAAUGAGUAUGGUUAAGCUAUUGGAAAUGAGUCUGAUAGUUAUGUUGGCUUGUGUAUCAAAGGGUACUUGGUACUUGACUUAGUUUGCAUUAUGAUCAUGAUUUUGUGAAUCUCUUGUAUUUACUUUGAAUGUCAAGUUAGAUUGGCCUGUUUUAUAGGCUACUUUUUCCUUCUGAUGUGUAGGUUUGUUUUUUUUCUUCCCAUUUUUAUGUUUUUAAUUAAAUUUACACAUUCAGGUUACUAUAGGUAUUCAUUUACAUCUGGGCUAGUUUUCAUUCAGUGCUGUGUGGUACACAUUUACCGUUAGGGCAGGAUUCCCAGGUUUACUGUUUUUUCAGAAAGCUGAAUAUUUUAUUAUGUAAAUACAUUUCUUCCCACUUUCUGUGGUUUCACCAUUGCAUGAGAUCAUUUAAGGUUGUUUAACAGUUACAUCCCUCUAUGCCAAUAAAUUAUAAGUGUACACUAAACAUGAACUUUGGCAUAUGUUGCAAAAUGUCAUUUUUGUCCCUUAAAAGGCUUUAAGAGUAUACUAGCAACCUAUACCUUGAUGUUAAUUUGAUUGAGGGAAAAAAAAAACCCCCAGUAUUUUUUAAAUGAUAACUAUUCCAGGAUAGUAAUGCAUAUGCCAAAGAAAUAUUAGACCUAGUCCUAUGGUUAGAUUUUUAAAUUGGUCACCUACCUAUUUUUACUAUCCUACUCCCAGUACUUCAACUCUGUCAUUAUUAAAUUCAUAUCUUCCUGAUUAUUCUUUUACAUUGAAAAGUCAAGCUACUGCUUCCAAACAUAUGUAACUUAAAGAUGUCGUACCUUUUAUUCAUUGGUAGUUUUGCAAAAGUCAACGUGGUAGUCAUUGUUUGAGUUUAAUAUGGCAUCAUAACUUUUUAUUUAUUGAUGGACUAAUAAUUCUUACUGUAAAGCAGACAGGUUUAGCCAGUCUGUCCAACUUGAUCUUCAUUACCCAAUUGUUAACCAUAAAAAACAUCAAAUUUAAGUAUAUGGAUAAAAGUUAAACGUGUAAGAUUUCUGUGGGCUGUUUAUUUUAAAGUUACAAUAUAUUUAUAAAUUGGCUAUCUAUCGCUAACGUAGGUGAUAUUUUUCUGUUUGAAAUUACAACUUUUGUUUACCGCAAAGUUUGGUGUAGUGUGCAGUAUUUAGUUCUAGACUGACCUUAUUCUAAUCAGAAAGUGAUUAAAAUAUGCACAACCAAAGCCAAAUUUUUCUUUUCUUUUUCAUUCAUUCAGCAACUAUUUAUUGAGCAUCAACUCUGUGCCAGGUACAUUACUAGCUGCUACACACUGUCUGAACAUGACAUAUGGUUAAGUAACUUUAAAAUGAUUAUCAAAGACUUUAAUGUGGGUAUUUCUUAAGUUGAAAGAGCAUUCAUUAAAUUGGGAUGAUGCUUUCACGUUAUUUUACUGUUGUGAUGGAAGUUCUACUUGUACCAUCUACAACUGGGUUGCUACAAAAAGAGCAGGAGGAAAUCAAUAAAGUUAAUCCCAGUUUAAAAACUAGAAGAAGGGUAAGGUCUCUUCGUUAUAAAGUUAAGUUUUAUACGUCAGUACAUUACAUAUAUCAACUAGCCCUCAAAGAAAUAUUUAAGUGCUGGAAAUUUUACUAAGCUGACUUUUUACAACUUUGGAAAACUUUUGAGGGGAGUAGGUAAAAUUACUUGUCAAACAUUCGCCUCUUAUUCAAAACUUCAAAUAAAAUACACAUUUUCAAAAUGGAGCAGCUUUUAUAUUUGAUAAGUAUUCAUUACAAACCUUAGAAUGCCAGUCAUUAGAGGAGUUGUCUCUCUGUGGUUUAGCAGACACUUAUCUUACUUUUUGGAAGAGUGAUUGUGAUUGCAGAACAGGAAGUGAGAAAACACUGCCAGCAGUGAUUGCAACUUGAGGUAGCUUUUUAUAACUACCAUUUCCCCCAUGAGAUUAUGUGUAAUUUCUUUUAUCUUUGGAAAAGUUGAGGAGAAGAUAGUAAAAGAAUUAGGAAUUUAAAAUUACAGGGAAAAAUAUGUAUGUGAAAAGCAAUAAAUAUUUUGUUCACUUUGCUAUCAAGAUGUUCACUAUCAGAUAUUUAUUAUACAGCAGCAAUUUAUAUUUUUAAUCAUUGCCCAUUAAUAGACUCAGUAAAAUAUUUUUGAAUCAGACAUUUGGGGUUUGUAUGUGCAUUAAAAUUGUCUUUUGUACUGUAAGUUACUGCUUAAUUUGAAUAUUUUAUCAGAACUGUCUCCCUGUGCCUUUAUAAUAUAAAGUUGUUUCUACAACUUUUAAUGAUCUUAAUAAAGAAUACUUUAAGAAUCACA